AUGCUGACCCUUCUGGUGCUGGUGCUGUCUUUCCUGGCAGGCCUGACCCAUGGGGCCCCUGCCCCAGUCCUGGAGCGAGCAGUCAUUGUUGGGGGGAAAGAGGCCCCUGCGAACAAGUGGCCCUGGCAGGUGAGCCUGCGGGUGCACAGGGAAUUCUGGAUGCACUUCUGUGGGGGCUCCCUUGUGCACCCCCAAUGGGUGCUGACUGCAGGCCACUGCGUCGGACCGAACAUUGUGAACCCCUCAGUUCUCAGGGUGCAGCUCCGUGAACAGCACUUGUACUACCAUGACCAGCUGCUGCCCAUCAGCAGGAUCAUCGUGCACCCCAACUUCUAUGCUGCAGAAAGCGGAGCUGACAUCGCCCUGCUGGAGCUCCAGGAGCCAGUGAACACCUCCAGCCACGUGCAGCUCAUCUCCCUGCCUCCUGCCUCUCAGACCUUCUCUCCAGGGAUGUCGUGCUGGGUGACCGGUUGGGGGGACGUGAACAAUGGGGAAUCCCUGCCACCACCAUUCCCCCUGAAGCAGGUGAAGGUCCCCAUCGUGGAGAACAGUCUUUGUGACAACAACUACCACACCGGCCUCCAGACAGGAGAUAACGUCCACAUCAUCCACGAUGACAUGAUGUGUGCUGGAAACACUCACAAGGACUCCUGCCAGGGAGACUCUGGAGGGCCGCUGGUGUGCAGGGUGAACGGGACCUGGAUGCAGGCAGGUGUGGUCAGCUGGGGUGAUGGUUGUGCCCAGCCCAACCGACCCGGCAUCUACACCCGUGUCACCUCCUACUUGGACUGGAUCUACCUCUAUGUCCCCAAGGAGUUCUGA